UGUCGACUGUACAACCCCGAUCUGAAGCAGCGUGCAGUAAAUUCCUUGCUCAAGGGAAUUUAUUAUUGAGACAAAUAAUGCUCUUCCUCCAAGGUCAAACCUGACAUCUCCGGAGUUCGAAUCUGACCUCUUAGACUUGUUCCACCACUAUGCUCCUUUGACAUGGAUUAUUCGACAUGUUUGCUUACAGUAUGUUCCGUUCAUCGUUCGUCUCUGCGUAGCGGUUGUUGAAUCGUUCGGUAUUAACAUGAUCGGCGUUUAUCGGAUACCGGGAAACACUGCUGCUGUGCACAGCCUUUCUGCGAAAGCUAACGAAGGCUUCGAAACUAUCGACUUUACCGACAUCCGUUGGCGCGACGUGAACGUCGUCAGUAGCUUGUUAAAGGCAUUUUUCAGAAAUUUGCCUGAACCUCUUUUAACUAACGAACUCUACUUUCACUUCAUCGAAGCAAGUCGGUUGGAAAACGCGGACGAAAAGCUUUCGAAAUUAACACAGCUGGUACGUAGUUUCUUUAAUGUCGUGGUAAAUUCGUCAGCGUAUUCACGGACGAUCGAAUCGAGUUAG